CGGAAGUCUCUCGUCACUAUCAUCAUCUGGUAUUUUCUCCGUGUCUGUCAGCAACACCUUUCUCCAGUAUCUCUCUUCACAGUGACUCAAGCGCACCCCCUUGACCCGCCAAGCUAUUUAGUUUAUUGUAUUUAAAACACGCAUGAUUUCCUCCGUUCUAAAAGUUAUCGCUUCUGCAGAAUUAUAUGAAUUAUUCUGAACUUUGGUUCUUCAUCACAUGAUUUGGUAUUCUCGGAAAAAUUUUAUUUCUCUAGUCUUCAGGUUCUUCUGCCAGCGGCAGUAAUAAAUUGAGAAGUAAGUUUUGUGUUGACAAUGGCAUCUGAAAAACCUCUUUCUGGAUAGUUGCUUACCCAGAAAUGUUAUACAAAUUUAAUUAUAAGUGUUUACAACAAUUAGAUCAUGAUGAUUAAGCACCUAGUAGAUGAAGCAAGCAUAGCAACAGAACAAGAAUUGAAAUGAAGUUGUAUGGACAAGAUUGUGAUGUUUGUACAUAUGAGUAGCACCACGGCGUGCAUAUCUUUAACCAGCUUUGUAAUUAGUUCCGAUUUGCUUCUGUCUUGACGAGCGUCUUCGAGCUUGUAAAGAUAAAGAAUCGAAGUUUGUUGAGUUCUCGCCUUGUUUUUACAGCAAAAAUGUACAAUGCUUUGAAGUGUGCGUUGUCAUCUGCUCGGGGAAAGCGGAGUGCUAGGAGCAGCCAGCAGGAUGGCACACCUUUGGAUUCCGAAUUCAAAGAAGGCACGCCUUUAGAGGGGACGACGCCUGGCGAUUACGAGGACUACAACAAAUCAAAAGAAGUUCUUAAGGCACCUAAGGAUAUGGAAAAUAAUCCUUGAAGACGAUAAAUUCCUUCUAAAAAACGGAAAUGAAUUCCUGAGCACCAUGAUUAGAACUGUCAGGAGUGAAAGUGAUGGAUAACUACCAGCUUCGUUUCAACAUUCGCCAACAGAAGAUGAAGAAGCUCUAAGAUGGCACCGCAAGAGGAACCGAGGAUGAAGAGGCAUAGAUCGACUUCCCCAUCCUCAUCUGCUAUAUUCUCGUAUUAUCGCGAUGACUCUACAGAUGGAGGCUAUGGCAUCCCUUCGGAUCUCAAGCCGCGACGGUCGUUACCCGCAACGCCUGGAAGAAGUCUACGCGUACUUCUAUAUCAAUACUUUACUGAAUGGGAUAUGGAUAGCAAACUAGUCAAAUAAAUCUAGUUCUGACUACACACUUUGCAGCUUGUUGAAGAGAAGAGUAAUAUAUAGGUAGAAGUAGAUGUAGUUGUUGUUGACUAGAGAGGCUAGUUCAGUAGUUAUGCACUUGCAUAUAAGGGGUUGUCGACUACUCUUUGAACACGAACGCGAUGACGGGAUCCGAAUUUUUUGAUUCGAAUUGAAAGUAGAAGUAGAUGAGGUGUUGUAUUAUCUAUACUCUAGAAUUCAUUGCAUUGCAUUCGGAACACUUAUUUCAAUAUGAACUAUGUAUAGGGUUUUUAGUAGUUUCUUAUUCUCUUUAUUCAUGUAUUUCCUGCACUGCAGUUUAACUCAAAUUCUUGUACUAGGUUACAAGCAGAAUGCAGGCACGCAUGAAAGCUGAGGGUGAGGAAGGAGCAUGGAAUCGCGAUGAGGCGACGGGAAAAUGGGGCUUUGCUCAUGCCGUUCCAUCCAUGUACGGUGGCGUAGAAAUAAUCCAACUCGAUCAUCCCGAUUACGAGGAAGUCAUGGACAACCGGUCAAAGCAACUCAGAUUAUGAAGCGUGCUGGGGGUCGUGGGAAAUUGAAAUUCAAAGCAGACUAUGAUAUUUAUAAUAGUAUACCAGGCAGUAUAUAUUUCUCUUCUAUAAAAAGAGCUCAUAAUUUUGAUUAACUCUAAAGAAUGGCCUCUACCCGUCUUCUGCUGCGUUCCUGGGGAUAGUAGCCGUAGUGAAACAAUCCAACUUGACAUAGCUAAGCAAGAAAAUAUUUACCGGUUAUGAUUUAAUGUUCGUCUUAAUACUUCUCCCUUCAUUCAAUUUUCCAAUUUAACUCCUUGUUAUCCACUCUGUUUCCGGGCGUUUGUUGUGAAGUAAUUGGCGAGCCUCUAUUGCCACUCAAUACGAAAAGAUCAUGCAUCAGUCAUUAGAUGUAUUGCUCGCCGAUCUUAAUACAGGGUAACAAGGAACGUUAGCUACCUUGUUAGGCUCAAGCGAGUGGUGUUGUUGGGAUAAUGAGCUACUCGUUAGAAUAAUAACAACAACUUAGUACCCAAAAAAAGAAGCAUAAGAUCAUGACUUCUUCUUUUACUUUCUUGGAUUAUGAUGAAUAAUUUUCCUACUAGUACUACCUACUUGUUUUAUUUUAGGUACCGAGGUAACUUCAUUUCGCCUAGAAGACGAAUUUAUUUUUCCUUGUUGUUCUUUCUACACCUGUUCUAACAAAGGCAAUGGGGGCACACCUGCCUCGGGGACCAAUCGAUUUGCGUGCCAAAGCUGUCUUACGCCGACAAAUCGACACGGCAAAAACAACGUAUCUAUAAGUUACUGCACAAAGUCGCUAAUGAUACUCAUCUAGUUAUUUUACGUUUUAAUUAGGAAGGGGAUUACUUUUUACACAAAUUAUUGCAAGUACUAGACUCUUUCUCUUCCUGCUCAGCACUAUUGUUACAAUUACCACUACUACUGCAAGUAUUCGAAUCAACUCGUCUUGUCUGUUGAUUGUUGGAUUGUUCAAUCAUGCGAUAUUAAUUUGACAAAAAAACUUUGUGUCGUGUUGUUCGAUUUAAGUAGUUGGUCCCCUUAAUUUUAAUAUGCUUAAGUUGAUCAAGAAAUGUGUGCUUCGAUCAUUCUAGUUAUUUUUGUCCUUAAAAAACUUUUAUCCCGCACUGCUUCAUCCAGUGUUUAUGAGUAUUUCGCUCCCAUUCCAUAGAUGCGCGCCAUAAUUGCUAUAGUAGAUACGCUUACGCAUACGACCCCCUUUCAUCUACUCGUCUUUCAGGAGCUAUCACCCGCGCGAUUAUAAGCCUACAGAUAAGGCACUGCUCGAAGGAGCAAGCGUCAAGGCAUCCUCUUACGACCGAACAGCAGCAGCCACUUACGACCGAGUGGCCGAUUCUAAAAUGGAUGCUAUGUUGCGAAAUGGGCAAGACAUGAAAGCGGGCCUCCGCGUGCCCGGGACGAACCGUCGGACGCAACAAGAUUUUCUUACGGGUCACGAACAAGAAUUGUUACCUGCUAUACCUCCGUCUGUCUAUUUGAAUCGAUCAUGGAAGAACAGGUACUCCAGAAAGGAACAGCAGCAUAUUUUUGUUUCGGGUAAAACGUUCUCAGUAAGAUGGAAUUGAACAAGGCGCGUGGAACGAAUAUGUUAAUCAGUUGCGUCGUUGAAUGAAAUAGUUAUUAUAGGCUCUUCUUGUAAAAAUGGAAGAAGACCCUUGGUAGGUUCUUGUAGUUCUACAACUACUGUACUGAUCAUGUUCAUGUAGAGCGCGGUCGCAUUUCAUGCAGUAAGGAGUAGCUACUGGAGGGAUAAGAGAGGUUUAGUAAGUUAUCUAACUUGUAUGUAUGAGGAGUAGCAUUUUGUUUGUGCUGCACGACGGCUUUCAGUUUAUUAUCCAUAAGAGUUAGAUUAAUUAUAAAUGGAUGCUAACUACUAAAUGCGUCUUUCUUCUAGCACAACCUGUAAGGGAAAAUCUGGAUCUGGCCCAACAUCAACUUUUAUGUUCUCGCUCCGUCUAGUUUUUACACAUUGUUAUCCACUUCAUCUUUCGCUAUCCCUGUCGGUCGCUCCCGUAGUGCUAAUGCUAUCAUGUAGUUUCGCCUCUCGAAUGCUUGCGAACAAGGUAAAGAGAAAUUUUCGACUUCGCAUCCUCUAAUCUCAGAGAAGUUGGAAUUACGAAGGAGACGGUGGAAGACGCCGAAAGACGGAAUGUAGCGCGAAAAGCGGCGCCAUUGUGGAAUGCAAAUGACGGAGGGAAUUUUGAGAGUUCGCCAGUCGUAAAAGCCUCAGGAUUACCGCAGCAGGAGCAACGAGGAGAAGUGCGUAAACUGGACAUGGAGUUAAGAGUUGGAAGUUGACCUCUCUCUGAAAAGUAUACUUAAAUAUCUACGACAUUUUCAAGUAGCAUCAAUAAAGCCGUACUAGAUACGCCUAGUACGCGGAUGAAAUAUUAUAGAUCGGUGGCCAACAACUUCCAACCCCUAAUGCAGCAGUCAAUGCCGCACACCUCCGGAUAUACUCCGCAGCAACGAGACGUGAACAGACUGGACAUACAGCAGUCAAUGCCGAAGUCAACGCCAAGUGAUUAUAGGUCGCAGCAACGAGACGUGAAUAGACUGGACAUGCAGCAAGCGAUGCCGCAGGCUAACAGUUCGCAACCGACGCGAGCACAGUGGGAGGUGCAUCAGCUCGAUGUUCAAGGUCCUGGUGCGGGUGCGGCGCCCGUCGCUCCUGGCCAGCAGAUGAAUGUUGGGAGGCUGGACCUACAACCAGCCGGCGCGCAGGCUGGCGGUGGCUACCAGGGUCAGCAGCAGAUGGAUGUCGGGAGGCUGAACCCACAACAAUACGGUCCGCGGGCUGGCGGCGGCUAUCAGGGUCAGCAGCAAGUGGAUGUCGGGAGGCUGAACCCACAACAAUACGGUCCGCGGGCUGGCGGCGCCUAUCAGGGUCAGCAGCAGAUGGAUGUCGGGAGGCUGAACCUACAACAACAAGCCGGCCCGCAGGCUGGCGGUGCUGGCUAUCAAGGUCAGCAGCAGGUGGAUGUCGAGAGGCUAAACCCACAACAAUCCGGUCCGCAGGAUGGCGGUGGCUAUCAGGGUCAGCAGCAGAUGGAUGUCGGGAGGCUGAACCUACAACAAGCCGGUCCGCAGGCUGGCGGCGGCUAUCAGGGUCAGCAGCAGAUGGAUGUCGGGAGGCUGAACCCACAACAAGCCGGUUCUCAACCUGGUGGUGGUUAUCAGGGUCAGCAGAAGAUGGAUGUCGGGAGGCUGAACCGACAACAAGCCGGUCCUCAACCUGGUGGAGGUUAUCAGGGUCAGCAGCAGAUGGAUGUCGGGAGGCUGAACCUGCAACAAGGCGGUUCUCAGGCCGGCGACGGUUAUCAGGGUCAGCAGCAGAUGGAUGUCGGGAGGCUGAACCUACAACAAGUCGGGCCCCAGGCUGGUGGCGGUUAUCAGGAUCAGCAGCAGAUGGAUGUCGGGAGGCCGAACCUACAACAAGCCGGUCCUCAGGCUGGUGGCGGUUUUGGAGGCCCGGCAGGGAAUAA